AUGCCUGGCCCAGAUGUACACUUUUUGACUGUCAACCACGACAAGGUCUUCUCGGAAUUCAAAGCAACUGCUGGGCUCCAUGAGCCAGCCACGAUCAAGACCGGGACAUCCGUUGGAUCUUGGCUCACUCCUGGACCAGUUGCCCCCAACACGGGACCAGCCGGCACUGUUUCCAUAGUUGGAAGUCUGGGAUCAGGAUCGAAUACCAACAAGAACCUAAGUCAUGUUCCAUGUAAGUUUUUCCGGCAAGGAAAUUGCCAGGCAGGCAACUCGUGCCCCUUUAGCCACAAUUUAGACGGUUCACUCGCUGCAGAUAAAUUACCUUGCAAGUACUUCCAAAAAGGUAACUGCAAGUUUGGCUUGAAGUGUGCUUUGGCCCAUUUCUUGCCUGACGGAACUAGGGUGAAUUCGAAGUCCUUGAACGCAUACCGUCGCCAUGACAGAAACAACAGCCACUCAAACGCUCAAAAUGACAACAUUUCUGGCUCAGAUGCAAACAAUAAUGAUCACUCAUCUAGUCUGCAUCAAUCCCACAAGGGGCGGGCUUCUUCCGGUACCGGUGCUGGCGCUGGUUCAGGGGGGAACCGAAACAGUCACCAGAAUGGUUCUUCGAGAUCUUUCGUGACUCUGCCAACAGAGAGAUUACAAGGCAGACCCAGAACUGAGCACCUCGAUUUCAACAGUAAUUUUGAUGCAAAUGGCGACGUAACGCGGUCAUAUUUAAUCGAGCCUGUUGACAUCAGGAAACGAUCAUUCGGAGAAGACAUCACCCUCGCAAAUCCAAGUUCACGCAACUCUUUGCUGAACUCGUCUUUGCUGACACACCACCUGGUUUCUCAAAAUGGCACGGCAAAGCCCCUCAGCUGGACCAGCCCUGUGGCAAACUACCAAUCACUUCACGACUGGCUGGUUGCUGGUAGCGCCCCUACAAACUUAGUUUCUACCGGCACUCAGAACGGUCUUAGUUCAGCAUUACGGUCUCUUUCCUCAACUUCUCCCACCAAUUUGGUAUCACUGCCAAACUCUAUUGAUUUCUCAUCCAACUUGUUUAGCAGCACCCGCACAGAGCUGCCUAACGAUAACUUUGGCUUCUCUUCCAGGCUUGGUCUGAUGAGUAAGCCUAACAAUGCCUUUUUGGCAUCUCCAUCGCAAUAUCAAAUCAGGCCUCCUGAUGAACUGGCAAUCCUGGAUGGUUCAAGAGAAGAGGAUGCCAUAGAAGAUGACGAGAAUGCCUUCUUCGAAGAUUAUGUACCAGCGUCGCUUGGUAACUUGAUUUUGACUCCACAGGAACUCCAGAGAAGAGAUUCAAGGUCUCAGUCUGGUACGUUAUGGGUUAGACCAAAUAUUGGGAGGUCACCUUCGGAAAGUAAAAGAGGUUACGGGGCGGGCAAUGACAAUGAUGUGUUCUUGAUGGAUUAG